AUGGACCCAUUAGCGUCUGUCUCUUUACAAUCACCCAGUGAUGACCAGGAUGCGGACGCAUCCCCUGUGCAACCUCCCGCAGCAUGCAAUCACGGAAGUAGAGAAGAGGGGCGUGGACUUGGAGCUGACAGCGGAUCCAGUGUGUUGACACCUCUUCCAAGAGGAGGCUGGAGAAGUAGCAGAGAUGACACCCGGCACGCAUCUGAACUCACCCCUUUCAGGAUGCACAAGACCGUUUCCUUUCAGCCCGACGCGAGCCCAGUGUCUGGCACCUCACAUGGGCCAUCCUUCUCAGUCAUUACCACUCUUCGUUCAGAUGGCUACCCGAAUGGAGCGAAUAGCUGGGUUUGCAGAUCUGGGAAUACCGGUCUUGGCAGAGGAACGGAGGGAUCAGGCCCAAAAUUAAGGCAGCUCAGCGGAUGCACGGAGGAAGGAGACGUAUGCAGCUCGACAUCGGUCCCUGUUCCUCAAGAGCGCCACGGAAGCCGAUACAGACAUACGGAUACAGGUUCACCGCGGAACGGACGCGAGGAGGGUGAUACUGUAGCUCAUCAUGCCGCUACUAGUCAAAGUCCACUUUCCCGCAGGAUGCUGUCUUUUCUCCUCUCCCCCUUCAGAGAACUGGGUGGAGGGGAGCUCAAUUUUGCAUGGGCCUACAAAGAAGCUACAGCCGCUCACCACCGUAGCUGUACGCCGAACGAUGCAGGGAACGACGAUUCAAAGGGUUCUUUGUCUUCUUCCAGUGAUAAUGGAGACGAUCACUGGUCCAGUCAACUCUCGGAUGCUCACAAGAAAGCAUCUCCCGGUCUGAAGUACUUCCCUUUGCAAUUCAGAGACGAAGAUGCGGAGCGCGAGUAUGUCGCGGUGACGAACUAUCAGUGCGCCUUACGGGUAUCAAUGUUUUUGCUGCUGCAGCACUGUGUGUUAUUCCCCAUCCAGUUGCUAUUUUUCUUCUCCGACCCGCAUUCUCACCUUGGCUCGAUGUCAAGCAGAUGUUUCAUGCGACCCCUCGUCUUCGCGUAUGUUGCCGUUGCGAUCUUCGGCCUGUCUCUCUCCCUGGCCCUCCUUUACCCCCGCCUUUUUCCUUGGGAAGUCGGAUACAUUUGCAGACGCUACUCAGGGCAACUCGCAUGUGUGUACUCAUUCGCGUACUCUGUGGCGUUAAGCGGCUCUCUGGUUGGGGGCCAGGUGAAGAUGAGCAACGAUCUGGAGGAGUCUCUGGCUUUCCAUGGGAAGCAUAUCGAUCUCUCGAUCGCCGUGCCACACCUUUUCAGCUUUAACACGGAGAUAUCUCUACUCUACGUGUAUGCAUUUGCAUCGAAUCUUCUCUUUCUCGAUAUUAUAGGGCCUAUUCUCACGAAAUGGACUCUGCUCCUCCACGCCUUCACCUCAGCAGGGCUCACUGCACCGUUCAUUGUUGGAUUCGCAAACGGCAGUCUCUUUAGCCUUUGCACGUUGCUGACCGUUGCUUCAAUAUCGAUCAUUUUAAGCUGCAUGGCGUUCGCUGGGAGGAUGUCUGGCGAGCUUCAGCACAGGCUCCUCUUCUUGCAAUGGAGGAGGUCGAGGCUGCGGCUGGUGGAGCUGUUGAAUGAGGAGCAGGCAACAACCACGAAUAGGACCGCCAUGGAAAAUGUUGUCGGAGAGCUCGACCAGUGCGGGAAGAUUCUGAGGCAUCUGCGGAACAUAAAAGUUGACUUUGGCAAAGAAUUCGACGAGCUCUACCGCAUUGUGUCCGACUGCAGGCGGACGCUCCUCACUAGUGAAGACUUGUAUACUAUCGACAUCGGCAAUACGGAUUGCUUUAGCCAGCAUUAUCUCCAGCUUCACUCGCGUUAUAGUACCCGCAAAAUUGAGGAUCUUCGCAGCUGGUCAAACCAGCACUCGCUCGCCGCUGUCCAGACGGGAAGCCCCUUGAACGCUAUAGAUAUGUUCAGUUGUUCGGAGCCCCACAGUUCAAGUACCAUCGCUGCGGAGGGAGGCGAACCGCUCAACAAGCAGGAAACGAUACGGCGUCGGAUGCUUCUUGAGGAGGCAGAGCGCUCUUCGCAUACAAUCGGUCAUUGCUGGUCGUUUAGUGUUCUACAGCUGGACCAGGAGACUCAGGGAAGAUCUCUUUUACUGGUUGGGGCGGCGCUACUGCGCCCCGUUGUAUGUGACUGGGGAUGCGGCACUGAUGAGCUUUGCGAAUUCCUCUGGACGCUGCAGUCCCAGUACCAACGAAACCCAUAUCACAACCAAACGCAUGCAGCCAUGGUUGGCCACGCGACAGUUUGCCUGGCAAAUCUACUCGGCAUUUGGCUCCUAAUGGAUCCAUUAGAGAAAGCAGCGUUAAUUGCUGCCACCCUUGCUCAUGACGUAGGCCAUCCUGGCCGUACCAAUCAAUUCUUUGUUACGUGUUUUGAUCCCUUGGAGCUGCGAAGGGGACUUCCCGUAUCUCCUUUGUGCAAUCGCUCCGCACAUUUAGACUUUGCAAGAUCUCAAGAAAGCUUCUUGGCGUUCAUUGCCAAGCCCCUUUUAACUGAACUAGUUGAGCUAGAGACACAUCAUCACAUUGCAGACGAAGUGAUGUCAAUGCUGAACUCCAACAUGGAAAAGUGGAAUUCCCUGGCUGUAGAGGGUGCUGUGGUCUCUCUCCCCACAACGAGCAAAAUGACUCAAUCGCGUACUUACACUCUACACGCUGUGCGGAACAUCGCAGGCCCCGCCAUGGCCUUCACCAGUGGCAAGCCGGACUCAGAAGCAUCAGGAGACUGUCUGAGAGGUAGGAGGCUGCACAACUCGCAACAACAGCUACCCAAUGCGUCUGACGCAUCUGGACAGGACAUGAUGCGUAAGCUGUCAUGGUGCUUGCUUGCCCAGCGAUUCGAUGCUUACUUUCCUGUAGUAUUUAUGUUUAAUUCAUCGUCUUCUCUAACAAAAAUGGCUUUUGUGAGCGUAUUGAUAAUGGGAUUGCACCUUAGUGAAAAUAACACACACGAGACUAAGGGUUGGAGCGUGGACCAUCAUGGUUUUGCUACGCACUGGCGUCUGCGACCUUGGAUGUAUCUUCGUGUGCUGUUCACAGCGACUCUUCAACCAUUUGACUGGGUGGGAGCACAAGAUGGGGUUGCCAGUCAAUGGAGUCCCCGCUUUACAGUAGACACUGUCACGACUCGAAAGUGCUCAUCGUCCGACAGCAUCAUCUCCCAACAGAAGCAAGGGAGUGAAGAUUCCUGA